CUUCAUGACGACCCAUCCAAUAUUGGCCUCGCAGAUGACAGUUAUGUUGAGGAACAAUAUGGGAAGACGUACAGGUGGAUGUUGCACAGAGACACUUGGUCACUAGAGUUCACCCCUAAGGGCAACUCAGAGGCCACAGUCUUGUGGACACGUCAUGUUGAGAGGGGGAUGAAUCCCAAGUAUCCACCCAUAGAGCGCAAGCCGCUGAAGAGGAUAGUAGAUCUCCAUUGGGGGGUUGUAUAUUACUACUAUGAGCAGAAUUAUUUAACCCAGGAAGACAGCGGCCUCUACACAAUGAGAGACAAAGAUAAGAAACUGCUGCAUAAUGUGACCAUUGAAGUAAUAGCAAACAAAAGGUCCUAUGAGCGGAGUCCUGGAGAAAGCUUCAACUUCACUUUUGAUCUUAAACCGAACUCCUGCAACAUUUACUUCAUCCCAGAAAGUCACCCCAACCUGAAAGGGUUUGAGACUGAGAUAGUUCGUCAAGGCAGGCAGGAGAGGAAGGGCUCGGAUGAAGUUAAAUGCGUUGGGUUUCAGCUGUCAGAGCCAUGUGGGAUUUUGAUUGAGAGACUCCAAAGUUCAUGUGGUGGACGCUUUGAGGUCAAAGAUCACAGUGACAACAUGGCCUUGGUGGUGUCACUGAAAAUGAAGACAAACACGAGGUCCUAUGAACGGAGUCCUGGAGAAAGGCUUGACUUCACUUUUGAUCUGGAACCGAACUCCUGCAACAUUUACUUCUUCCCAGGAAGUGACCUUAAACUGAAAGCAUUAGAGACUGAGAUAGUUCGUCAAGGCAGGCUAGAGAGGAAGGACUUGAAUGAAGUUAAUUGCGGUGGGUUUCAGCUGUCAAAGCCAUGUGGAAUUUUGAUUGAGAGCCUCCAAAGUUCAUGUGGUGGACACUUCGAGGUCAGAGAUCAGAAUGGCCACAAGGCCUUGGUGGCAUCACUGAAAAUGAAGCGUAGGGUAAAACGUAAGGCAAGGAUGACCCCCAGAGCAUUCGGAAAUCACGGUGAACCUUCUCACAUUGCUUUUGCUUUUGGAGUUUUUCUGCUUGUGGCGUUUUUCUGCAUUUGCGUGAAGACCUGCUGUGAGGAAUGCUGCAGCAAAGAGGAUCAUUCUGAGACUGAAGCAAUGGCUGCAUCUGCACCUGAGGUACAUGAUCCUACUGACGAUAUGCCACCUUCUUAUUCUGAGGUAUGACUUGCUGCACUUGUUAGUCUGAGCAUGC